UUAAUAAAUUUCAAUUUAUUGCGUAACUUUAGGUGUUUAAUUAACAUGUUCAGCAGUUAUCACUACUGUACGACAUUAAUUCAAAAUAAUUAAACUUUUGGCGAAAUUACUUACAAUAAAUUUUUCGGAACAGAGAACAAGUGCGCACGCAAACGGAUGCUGUACGAGUACUGGACUGUUGAACGAUGUUGGACACUGCGCCAGCUUUUUUGAAAAAAUGGAUACCGCCCACGAAUGGCAGCAGCCAUUUACACCAUAUUGUAGUUUUUUCAGUCUUUUUGUCACAUUUGUUAUGAUUUUCAUUUGUGAUUUGUUUUUGCCCUGACAAAUCUACCAUGUACCAAGUAUAUUUGGGAUCGAGUUUGGAAUAACAUAUAGAGUACGAUUGCAAAUUAUUGUUUUCGGCAGAAACGAUUGCAGGAUGGCCGCUCGAGCUCCUACUGGACGCGCUGGGGCUGUAACGGGAGAAGACGCAAGUAAGAACCUGACGGCACCGAUAGGUGUUCUCAUACUGCCCAAAGCCAUUGUGCCAAAAGAGACCGAGCUGAAAGGCGAAAUCACUAUCGGCCAAGGAACUGUUUUGCAUCCUUCGUGCAAAAUCAUUGCUGAAAAUGGACCCAUCGUUAUCGGAGAAGGCAAUAUUAUCGAGGAGAAGGCAAUCAUUCGCAACAGGUUUCCCGUUGGCGAAGAUGGAACACGCAAAACGCUGUAUAUUGGAUCGAGAAAUUUGUUAGAAGCGUAUUCAGUUGUCGAAGGUUCGGUGGGAAAUAACAACUCCAUUUUAUGCAAAGCCCGCAUUGGACCCUUGACUACGAUUAGUACCGGCUGUGUGAUCGGAGUGAUGUGCAGUAUAAAUUCUGACGAAACACUCGCGCCGGAUACGAUUAUUAUUGUUCAUCGAAGAUCAUGUGGAGUACCUCCAAAAGCAACUGCCUACAUAUCACUACAUUCUGAAAUCAUCCGUGUGAAUUUCUUAUCAAUGUCAUUUCUCUGUAAGUGAAUCUGUGCUGUAUCGUAUUAAACGUAUUGUUGUUAUUAUAAAUGCAUGAAAUAUCUGCACUUACUAAACUGUUUUAAUCGCACCUAAUGUGUAGAAGUAUAUGUGACUGACUAACAUCAUCGCAUAGCAUUAUUUGUUUUCAUUUUUUAUGUGAAUUUUAUAUGAAUUUGUACCUUUUUGUACCUGCGUACGAUUGAAUACGUGCGUAUUUGAUUCUGAAAGUGCUUUCAUGAAUAAUAUUCAGAAGUCGGUUG